GCUUAUAGAUCAGAGUCGGUUCUGUACUGCACAUUUUUGUUUGCAGUAUUUCGGUUGGUGGUGUGUGCGAGAGAGAGUCGAACGCAGUAGGGAAUUCGUCCUGCAGAUAAGGAUAGUCGGAGAAAGGGAGGGAAAAAAGCGGCAAACGAAGAAGAAGGGAUUUGUUGACGCCGGACGCCGUUCGUUUUCCUUUUGUUUGUUUGUUUGUUUUUGGCGCCCGUUCGUUCAGUGUGCAGAGUUGAUCUUGUUGAGUUGGUGGUGCUGUUGCUGCUGCUGUUCGUAAUAUUAUUAUUAUAUUAUUAUCGCUUGAAUGCGAGACGACACGCGUUUCGCCGUCCGCCGCUGUUUGUCGCUUUCCUCCGUUCGGGUCUGUCCAGAGUUAACCCCAAGUUGGAGCCGAGGAUGAGCACCAACAAAUCCAAGCAGGGUAAAGAAGCCGAAGAGUUCACAGUGGAGAAGAUCGUCGACAAGAGGAUUCAGAACGGCGUCGUCGAGUACUUCCUGAAGUGGAACGGUUAUGGGGACAGCGAGAACACCUGGGAACCCGAAAGCAACUUGGACUGCCCUGAGCUGAUCAGGGAAUUCGAAGCGGAGUGGGCGAAGAAGGACAAGGAGGAGAAACUCAAGAAACGGAAGACCGCCGGUACACCCACAAUGGAGCAAAGCAACAAGAAGAAGAAGGAGGAGAAGAAGCAUGGCUUCGAUAGGAAACUGAUACCUGAGAAAAUUAUUGGUGCCACUGAUAGCUCCGGGCAACUGAUGUUCUUGAUGAAGUGGGAGGGCACAGACGAAGCUGACCUGGUGCCAUCGAAGCAGGCGAACAUUAAGUGCCCCCAAACAGUUAUCAAGUUUUACGAAGAGAGGUUAACGUGGCACGGCCCCAGCACAGACGAAGACAAACCUGAUAAAUCUUAAUUCGGAGCGCGCCCCCCUCUCACAAUCCCCAAAACUGUUACACAAAAGAAAAGGAUCGACAUGUUUUUUUUCUUCUUCUAUAUUCCUUUACCACCCC